CUACGCGUCAACAUGCUGAUUAACAAAAUGCAAAUGAUGAAUUGAACAGUCCACGUUACUAAGGGGAAAACAUUCUCAGUUAGACAACCUGGUGGUACAAAAUCUUCUUCCUUUUGCGCCCCAGAAUGUCGGAGGAAACACCUUUUGGUGCCUUGCUUCAAGACAUCGGUAGGGGAUUGGAAGUAGAAAAUGUCCGAUAUAUGAAAUUUUUAUUGCAAGGUCAUAUAAACAGAGAGACAUUACAGUAUCUUGACUCGGGAGAGGAAUUGACAGAGGCAUUGAGAGCGCGAGGUUUAGUCUCCCAGAAGAGACUCGCAUUUCUAAGAAAGCUUCUGGUUGAAGCGAAGUGUUUGAGGCUCGUCAACUUGGUGGAUAAUUUCAGAGAAAGGUUUUCACCAGGUGUGAGUUUCGGAGAUAAAGACGCUAAUGAUAACAUAGUAAAGAGAGACAAAAAGCGAGAGUCAAUCCUGCGAAUGAUUGAACGCCUAGAAGUAGAGAUCAGCUCAAGCGAAGACGGAGAGACAGAGUUGACGAACGAAACCAAGCAGUACGAGGUGCACAUCCAGUCAAACAACGAGAGACUUGUCCAGAAAGAAGACGAAAUCCAGAAACUAAAGGAAACCAUCAGCGGGAACAACGCAGUGAUCGAGUCUUGCGGACGCAAGUUGGAGACUGUGAGGUUUUUUUUGAAAAAAAGUCAAGUCGAGCUUGAUAAAGUCAAGAAGGCGCUAGAGCAAAACAAGGACAGUACGGAAUUGAAAAUGGAAUGGAAGGAAAAGAUGGAGAAGUACGAAAAGGGGAAGAAGGAAGAAGACGAACUGCUGGCGAAACACCAGAAAGCAUUAGACGACAUUCGAUCGAUUCACGUGGAGAUUCGGCACCGCACCGAAGAGAUGAUCAAACUUGAGGACUUUGUGCACGAUUGCAUCAUUCAGAUCCGCGUUGUAAAGCAGAACAUCCGGAAGAAUCAGCGCAUGCGCAUGGAGAUGCACGAGAAACUUGAGAAUCUGACGCAGGAGUUGAGCGACACGACUCGGCUAAAUCCCUUGACGCCAGCGCUAUCCAGUAGAGGUCAAAGAGGAACGCCGAGAAUCCCAUAUCGGGAAUCCCAACAGAACGCCGAGGGAAACAUCGACUUCAAAAUUCUCGACUACCAUGAGAUCACGGAUCGCGAAUCUACAGUGAUUGGACGAAAGGGAAAAGGCACUUCACCACCACACUUCAACACGCCUGUCGGCAUAGGUGUAGACCGCUGGGGGAAGCUCUACGUCGCCGACUAUGGCAACGCGCGCGUGCAGGUUUUGGAUAUUGGCGGGAAAACUGUGCGCGAACCACUCAACAUUGGCGGGAAAUGUCGCCCAUGCGCACUAGCUGUUAGUCAUCGGGGCGAUUUGGUAAUGACUGACUCGCAUAUUGUGCGCGUGUUUAAUAGAAAAGGAGAGUUUGUGCGUCCCAUCUUGCCGAUCUACAGUAAGCAUGAUCCCCGGCCAGAUCUGUGCUCCCUAGCUAUUGAUGAUUCCUCCAACAUCUACAUCGGAGAUCGUGCCAACCACCGCAUUCAGAAAUUCAACUACGAAGGCCAAUUCCAAUUUUUUAUUGGAAGCUCCGAGGAACUCUGCUAUCCAAUAGGAAUCGCUGUUACAAAACACGGUGACGUUAUAGUUUCCGACAAUGAAAAGCACCAAUUAAAAGUAUUCUUUCACGAGGACUUGACGCGCCCAAAGACUAUCGGUGCGAACGGUAUCGGGAUAUGCAAGUUUGCCUUCCCGCGAGGCAUUGCGCUUGACAAGGAAGAGAACAUUCUGGUGGCUGACAGUCAAAACCAUCGCAUUCAAGUGAUAACGAUAGAAGGGCAGUAUAUUGGUAGCUUUGGAAAUGUCGGAGAUGAUCCCGGAUGUUUUAAUACCCCUUAUGACGUUGCUAUAGAUACUAGCGGAAACGUGCUUGUUGCGGACACCAAGAACCACAGAGUUCAGAUUUUCACUCGAAUCGUGCAAGUGUGCGUAAUUUACAACCGGGAUCAGGAGGAGAACAAAGAGCCCCUAGAGGGCAUGGGUGGGGGUGAAGAGGAACCUGACAGGAGUAGUGACAGUCAAAGUACUGGCUGUGUGGAUGAUUAUAUUGACAAUGAGGGAAAGCCGAAUGUCAAGUCUCAGGUGAAUAUAGAUACUGAUCAGACUGACACAGAGUUGGCUGUGAUAGAUGGUGAAAAGACGGGUGACAGCUCAUCUUACAAAAACACUGAGGUCACCGUACCAGAUGACGAUGGCGCAAUUGAUAAGUGAUUGAGUUUAUAUGAAAUUUAAGAUUGUAUAAUUUGAAAUAAAAUUUAUGUUUAAAAUUAA